AUGUCUCGGAAGCUCUUGGUUCACAUCUUUCAUGUUUUUCUCGUUGUGCUGCUCGUCGCAGACCUCGGGUCUCAUAUCUUCGCAGCUGCUGAUGCUAUAGAAUGCACCUACGGUUGGACUGCACCGACCCCCGGGAAACCAUGGUUCUGUGACGUACAAGUGAAGGGUAAACCCCCCAUAUCCCAUGCUUGCAAAUGGUGUAGAAGGAAUGAUAAGCUAUUACCUUCUGCUAGGGACUGCGUCGACCGAAACGGAAUUUCAAUGAACGGGGGUCAGCUGUGGGCUUGUGACCUCGCACUCCGGGUCGACCCAACCCCUCGCAAAGACCACAGACAAUUCCUUUGCGAUCAAGCUGCAUCGGUGGGCCCGUACUUUUGCUUGACUCGCAAUGAGAACCUACAAUGUCCUCGAGACAAGUGUUCAAAGUAA